AUGGCCGACGGCUUGAGGAGGCUGGUGAACAGCGAGAGCGCCCGGGUGCUGCAAGAGAAGCUGGAGAGCUGGUACCGGGACUACGAGAUUAAUUCCUGUGAUCAGAAUCUGAACCGGUGCUGUGACAUGAUAGAACUGAAUUCUGAGAUCCAAGGGCAGCUCUUCACAAUCCUCAGUGAAACAUGCCGAGAAGGUGGGAACUAUGCAGGUAUGGAAACAAUAAAAACUCGUCUCCUGCCAUGGCUAGGGACUUGUUUUUCCUGUGCUGCUUCAAGAAGGCUCUUGGAAACCAAUGUCUCUCUCACUCAGGAUUCAUUGGAGAAAGAGAGGCAGCUGAAUGAGCUGGCCAGCAAUCAGUCUUUUAAACUGCAAGAGCUGCAGGAAGAACUGACUUCAACUCGUCUACAGCUUGACCAUUUGCAACAAGAUCUGGAGACCUCCCGUGCCCAAGAGAAGGAUGCCCUAAAGAAGUUAGAGCGCCUGAAUGACUAUGAGCAGCAGAUUCAGUUACUGAGGGAUGAGAUUUCCAUCCUGGAUGCCAGGAAGUCUCUUCUCCAGAGCAGGCUAGCCCGGAGCCGCUCUCCUUCCCCCAGGCGCGGUGAGGGCAAGUUCCCUGGCUCCCUGCUGCUGAGGAGCUGCUCCCCAGGCCGAGCCAGGCGCACCAACGCUUCACGUCGCGCACGCCUGGUCGCUCGCUUUGGUGACAUUUAUGCUCAAGAACGUUUGGAUGCAGAGACCCUUCUGAGGACAUACACCAGUGACAUGGAGAUGGUGCAGAGGAUAAUCUACAUUGCGGCUGUGGAAUCUUUUCAUGCAGCAAAGAUGGCCUACAGGCAGUUCAAAAUACUUGUGAGAGAGACUCUGUCUCUGGGUCAUACAGGGCCCGAGUCGCUUGAAGACACUGUCCUGGAUUAUAUAGUUCGCCAUGAGGAUCUGUAUGACGUGCAAGCCAGUGUCAAUGAAGUAAUUCGCUCCAUGAACAUCAACCCAAAGAUUUCAUUUCCACGAGAGAUUGAUUUCAUUGUGAUCAGCACUUUGAUUCGGGAGCUGUGCCGUGUGGCUUUCUCAAUGCAGACUCUCCUCCCUCCUCUCGAUAUUGCCUUUGGCACUGAUGGAGAACUUUUCAGUGAGAACAAGUACCAUCGUAGCUUUGACUCUGAUUUCACAGCUGCUUUGGUGGCCUAUCAUGUCUGGCCUGCUCUGAUGGAAGAUGAUAUUGUCAUUGUGAAGGGAGAGGCAGUCACUAAAAGAGGAGCUCUGUGGUCUUGCAGAAGUAGAAGUAGAGGCAGAAGCCGAGGCCGUAGCACCAGUCCUCUUCUGUCACGUCAUCUGUCUCGAAGCCGCAGUUCUUCACCACUGAGGAGUGGAAGCCCAAGUAAGUGA